CUUUUCUUUCUUUUCGCCGGCGUUGCUAAUGGCAGUGACUCGUGUGACCGGUAGGAGAUGGAAGACACAAUAUGUAGUCUCUGUGGACAAAGGAAAGGAAGUCAACUAACUGGAACUGGUCAACAAAUUGCAUUUUAUGCCUAUAUGUCCAGUAACAUCCAGAUAAAGACAUUAUCCAAACACAAAAUAUUUGUAUAUGAUCGUGUUGAGACAAACAUUAGAAACGGAUAUAACGCCAAGUCGGGAAAGUUCAUCGCUCCACAAAGUGGGGUCUACGUCAUACACACAACAACAGUUUCAUACGAUAAAUCUGCCAGCGUUAUAGAAAUAGUUCAAAAUGGAGUCGUUAAAGAUAUAGCAUUUGCUGACUCGGGUGAUCAUAAGGACAAGGACACCUCUUCUACAUUAACCAUAUUGAAUUUGAAGAAAGGAGAUGUAGUGAAUACAGGAGUCGGGUCAUAUCAUGGAGGACAAAUUCUAGAGAGCAACACAGUAGCCCGAAUGAGUUUCUCUGGAUUUAAACUCAUGUAA